AGCCGCAAGCGUUAAGCGAGGCGGGCGUGACGCGCCGUGCGUCUGGAGCGGCUCCGGAGCCUGCGCCGCCGGCCUCGCCUUCCUUUCGGCCUCGGCAGCCUCGGCGAGACGCGACCCCAGCCCGCGCGGGACCCGCCGCACCAUGACCGAGACCACCAAGACCCACGUCAUCCUGCUGGCCUGCGGCAGCUUCAACCCCAUCACCAAAGGGCACAUUCAGAUGUUCGAGCGAGCCCGGGACUAUUUGCACAAGACUGGCAGGUUCAUUGUCAUCGGCGGUAUUGUCUCCCCCGUGCACGACUCCUAUGGCAAACAGGGCCUCGUGUCGAGCCGGCACCGCCUGGUCAUGUGUCAGCUGGCUGUGCAGAACUCCGACUGGAUCAGGGUGGACCCCUGGGAGUGCUACCAGGACACUUGGCAGACGACCUGCAGUGUGCUACAACACCAUCGCGACCUCAUGAAGCGGGUGACCGGCUGCAUCCUGUCCAAUGUCAACACACCCUCCAUGACGCCAGUGAUCGGGCAGCCGCAGCAGGAGACACCCCCGCCCAGCUACCAGAACGGCAAUGUGCCCACCAAGCCCACGGCAGCCAAGAUCCUGGGCAAGGUGGGCGAGAGCCUCGGCCGGAUCUGCUGCGUGCGCCCGCCUGUAGAGCGCUUCACCUUCGUGGAUGAGAAUGCCAACCUGGGCACCGUGAUGCGGUACGAGGAAAUCGAGCUGCGGAUCCUGCUGCUGUGUGGGAGCGACCUGCUAGAGUCCUUCUGUAUCCCUGGGCUCUGGAACGAAGCGGAUAUGGAGGUGAUUGUGGGGGACUUUGGGAUAGUGGUGGUACCACGAGACGCAGCCGACACCGACCGGAUCAUGAAUCACUCCUCCAUCCUCCGCAAAUACAGAAACAACAUCCUGGUGGUGAAGGACGACGUGAACCAUCCCAUGUCCGCGGUCAGUUCUACCAAGAGCAGGCUGGCCCUGCAGCAUGGGGAUGGCCAUGUGGUGGACUACCUGUCCCAGCCGGUCAUCGACUACAUCCUCAAGAGCCAGCUAUACAUCAACGCUUCCGGCUAGCGCCGCCCGUGCCCCACUGGCCACUCCCACUCCCACCAGGCCCCGUUCCUCCCCUGCUGUCUGCUUCUCCAUCUAGUCUGGACAGGACCCCCAAACCUGGGGGCCUGAGAGAACUGUGACUCUCCUGGUCCAUGUGGCCUUGGGUAGGGG